CUUCGGUCGCUCUCGCUCCCGCUCUUCCACCCCCGCCAACUGCCGCUCGGGUCUCUGCCGCGCCGUUUCCUCGAUCUCUCGAUUGCGCACCCUCCUCGAUGCAGCGCCGAGACGACCCCGCCGCUCGCAUGAGCCGAUCCUCGGGCCGCAGCGGCUCCAUGGACCCCUCAGGUGCCCACCCCUCGGUGCGUCAGACACCGUCUCGGCAGCCACCGCUGCCUCACCGGUCCCGUGGAGGCGGAGGGGGGCCCCGGGGUGGCGCCCGGGCCUCGCCCGCCACGCAGCCGCCACCGUUGCUGCCGCCCUCGGCCACGGGUCCCGACGCGACGGUGGGCGGUCCAGCGCCGACCCCGCUGCUGCCCCCCUCAGCCACGGCCUCCGUCAAGAUGGAGCCUGAGAACAAGCACCUGCCAGAACUCAUGGCCGAGAAGGACUCGCUCGACCCGUCCUUCACUCACGCCAUGCAGCUGCUGACGGCAGAAAUUGAGAAGAUCCAGAAAGGGGAUUCAAAAAAAGACGAUGAGGAGAAUUAUUUGGAUUUAUUUUCUCAUAAGAACAUGAAGCUGAAAGAGCGGGUGCUGAUACCUGUCAAGCAGUAUCCCAAGUUCAAUUUUGUGGGGAAGAUUCUUGGACCACAAGGGAAUACAAUCAAAAGACUGCAGGAAGAGACUGGUGCAAAGAUCUCUGUGUUGGGAAAGGGCUCAAUGAGAGAUAAAGCCAAGCUGUUCUUAGUAUGCAAGGCUCAUGUGGGCCAGAUGACUUCUCAGUACAAGGUGAUGUUGUUCAGUACUCCUUGUAUUUUUCAUUCCCAGGAUAUGAUGGAUGAUAUCUGCCAGGAGCAAUUUCUAGAGCUGUCCUACUUGAAUGGAGUACCUGAGCCCUCUCGUGGACGUGGGGUGCCAGUGAGAGGCCGGGGAGCUGCACCUCCGCCUCCACCUGUUCCCAGGGGCCGUGGUGUUGGACCACCUCGGGGGGCUUUGGUGCGUGGUACACCAGUGAGAGGAGCCAUCACCAGAGGUGCCACUGUGACUCGAGGAGUGCCACCCCCACCUACUGUGAGGGGUGCUCCAACACCAAGAGCACGGACAGCAGGCAUCCAGAGAAUACCUUUGCCUCCACCCCCUGCACCAGAAACAUAUGAAGAAUAUGGAUAUGAUGAUACAUAUGCAGAACAGAGUUAUGAAGGCUACGAAGGUUAUUACAGCCAGAGCCAAGGGGACUCAGAAUAUUAUGACUAUGGACAUGGGGAGGUUCAAGAUUCUUAUGAAGCUUAUGGCCAAGAUGACUGGAAUGGGACCAGGCCGUCGCUGAAGGCCCCUCCAGCUAGGCCAGUGAAAGGAGCAUACAGAGAGCACCCAUAUGGACGUUAUUAAAAACAAACAUGAGGGGAAAAUAUCAGUUAUGAGCAAAGUUGUUACUGAUUUCUUGUAUCUCCCAGGAUUCCUGUUGCUUUACCCACAACAGACAAGUAAUUGUCUAAGUGUUUUUCUUCGUGGUCCCCUUCUUCUCCCCACCUUACUCCAUUCUUAACUCUGCAUUCUGGCUUCUGUAUGUAGUAUUUUUAAAUGAGUUAAAAUAGAUUUAGGAAUAUCGAAUUAAUUUUUUAAGUGUGUAGAUGCUUUUU